GCCCCUUCCGCUCAGGCUUUAUAAGGCAGUCGCGGCAGUUCUCGCUCUUCUUCUGCUGCUUCCGCCCGGACUAUCAGGAUUUACUGAAGCAGCUCUGCUCCUCCGUCAGAAUCAUGUCUGCUAAGACCGAGCGCACCUUCAUCGCCGUGAAGCCCGACGGUGUGCAGAGGGGGCUGAUGGGAGAGAUCAUCAAGCGCUUCGAGCAGAAAGGCUUCAGACUGGUGGCCAUGAAGUUUCUGCAGGCCUCUGAGGAUCUCCUGAAGCAGCACUACAUCGACCUGAAAGACCGUCCAUUUUACCCCGGACUGGUGAAGUACAUGAGCUCUGGGCCCGUUCUGGCCAUGGUCUGGGAGGGUCUGAAUGUGGUAAAGACCGGACGAGUGAUGCUCGGAGAGACCAACCCUGCAGACUCCAAACCCGGGACCAUCAGAGGAGACUUCUGCAUCGAAGUGGGCAGGAACAUCAUCCACGGCAGUGACUCUGUGGACAGCGCGAACACUGAGAUCAGUCUGUGGUUUAAGCCGGAGGAGCUGGUGUCCUUCAAGAGCUGCGCACAGCAGUGGAUCUACGAGUGAACCGAACAGAACCUGUCUGGGUCUCCGUCUGUGCCCUUAUGCAGGAGCUCCCUCCUGAAGUGUCUUCAUCUUGUCUUUUCUCAAGCACUUGUUCAAUAAAUGCUGAAGUUUGA